UUUUUUUAAUUCGUCCUUGUAUCUUGUUAUUCUAUUUUAGCUACCAUCAAAGAAGUAACACUAUGAACAUGAAUGCAUUUAUGUACGUGAUCAUGAUUGUAGGAGUAUUUGUUCUCAGUAGUUCGUUUGGAGUUGAGGUGACUGUGGAUGUACAACCCGUGAAUGCUACUGAGUAUCAAAGAACAUACCUGAUAUACAAUUACACAAGGUCUCUUCCAACAUCUGUUAAAUCAGCAUACUGCAGAUGGCAUAAAGUAAUGAGUUAUGAAGCAAUGUUAAUUGCAUCCAUUAAUAGUGAGGGUAAUAAUGUAGUGGAAAAAUUCACAAAUAAGAUAUACUUUGAUGAAGACGGAAACCUUGUGUUUACGAACAUAACGCGAAAAGAUACUGGAACGUAUAAAUGUGAUGUUGAAAUAAUUGACGACUUACCAUACGUAAACUCAGAUGAAGUUAAUGUUAGUGUAUUAUGUAAGUAUGAAUACAUUAGUACUUACUAGCCGCACGGUGUUAGUUGUGCAAAGGAAGGUGGAUGAGGUAUUUAUUAUAGUUCAAUGCUAUGGAGAGUUGAAGAGGUCAUUAUUGAGAAUGCUAUGGUUACCUUGUCAUAAUUGUU